AACCCUACUAGACCCGGCCCAUGAUAAUCCAGCUAAGCACUACACAUGCGCAGAGCUAAGCUAAUCGCUCCUCUUCUUUUCUGCCAGUCCCAUUGAAAGAUCGAAGAUGGCCGCCGCGAGGAACUUUAUAUCUUUGUUGCAAAGACGAUGUAUACAGACAUCUGCUGCUUCACUUUGUUCUAAUUCUUCUCCACUAUACACUAACUCGUCGUCUUCUUUAUCUUCAUCAUCAUCAUUUACAGUUCAGUUCCUCGUCAAUUCAUGCGGGCUUCCAUUAAAAUCCGCUCUUUCAGUUUCUAAAAAGUUCCAAAUCCAUGAAAAGGAACUCCAAAAUUCCCUUUCUGUACUUGAGUUCUUGAAAGCUCACGACUUUAACGAGACCCAGAUAGGCAGAUUGAUCGAAAAGUGGCCCCGUGUCCUCCUCUGCAGAGUAGAAAGCACCCUCAAGCUCAAGUUCGAUUUCCUCACUCAGAACGGUUUUGCGGGUCAGAUUCUGCCUCAGCUUAUCGUCUUAGUUCCGGCGAUUUUGAAUAGGAAGGUAGAUUCUUGUAUUAAGCCAUGCUUUGAGUUUUUGAAGUCCUUUCUUGACAACAAUGAGAAACUUUUAGCAGCUAUUAAGCGUUAUCCGUGGUAUUUUACCUUUAAUUUCAAUUCUGCUCUGAAACCAAAUACUGUUUUCUUGAUAAAAGAGGGAGUGCCUCAUGAUAGGGUUGCGAAACUGAUUUUGAUGUAUCCGAGAGCUUUACAGAUGAAACCUGAUAGGAUGGUCCGUGUAGUGAAUUCUGUUAAGAAUCUGGGCCUUGAACCAAAGGCUCCUGUGUUUGUACAUGCUCUUAGAGUGAUGAUAGGAAUGAGUGAAUCCACUUGGAAGAGGAAAAUUGAGUAUAUGAAGAGUUUGGGGUGGACUGAAGAUGAGGUUUUGCUGACCUUUAAACGAAAUCCAGAUAUACUGGCAUGCUCGGAGGACAAAAUCGGGAGGGCCAUGGAUUUCUUUGUGAAUACUGUGAGAUUAGGAUCACAAACUGUAGUUGCAAAUCCAGUUUUACUUCAGUACUCAAUUGAUAAAAGGGUUCGCCCGAGGUAUAAUGUUUUGAAGGUUUUGGAGUCAAAGAAUCUGAUUGAAGUGAACCAGAGGGUUUUUUGGUUGCUAACAACAAGAAGUGAGAUGAAAUUCCGGGAAAAUUAUGUUGCAAAGUAUGCAGAUAAAGUACCAGGCUUAUUGGAGAUAUAUCGCGGUACUGUGGAAGCAAAAAAGAUAGAUACUUGAUGCCAAUCGAGUGAGUUUUUACUUCGCUUCUGCAAUGCACCAAAUGGUGGUGGUCUAAUUUCCUUUAGAAAUAGUUUUGAUCUGCUAACCAAUUUACAUUCCUAAAUUUAUUGUUCUAACAUGUUGAUUUUGCAUGUAUAUCAUUUUGGAUAGUGGUUUCUUUAAGUUAAUCUCGUGGUGGUUUCUUUUUGUUUUUUUCUUUCUUCUGCUGCUUCUUUGGGUUUUUUUUUUUUCUCUCAUUCUGUUACCGGUCAAGUAAAGAUUUGAGGAGAAGUAAAGAAGAUAAGAAAGAAGAAACAUAAGUUGGGAAGAAGCAGGAGCUGAAAAAGAGAGGAGAAAAUUAGAGGAAUGGAACAAAAGUUUGUAUAAAAUAACGAAAACUAAACCUAAUAAUAAACCCAAAUAAAAUCCAAUAACGCUUGGAUGUGUUAAAUCUCUCAACUAAAGAGUGACGUGUUGGGUUAUUCUCCAUCAUCCCUGUCCAUAUAUUGAGAGGGUCUAGUGUCCCCACCACAUUCUCUCUUUGCCCUUGGAUCUUCUUUAGGCCUUUUUUGUCACUUGUUGCUUAAUGUUUGAACUUCGAACUUUGAUGAUGAACUGAACUCUGUUUUCCAGUCUUGAAAAGCUCUGCAGGUUAUACCUUAAUUAUUUCAUUCUGAAUUGGUGAUGUGAUUUUGUAUAAUACAUGGCCAUCGCUAUUGCUAAGAUUGUUUUCUCAGCAGAGUCAGCUUUCCACCAUGAGAUGUGUCCUUCAAGAUUAUGAAUUUUUUUACUUCUUUUUUUUUUUAUUUAAACCGAGCUAAAAAUGCAUUGAUGCAUUGAUAACCUCGAUUGCAUUUGGAAAUUUCCAAUUUUAGAUUUAUUUUUCUUUAGAAUGGAAUGUGAUUAAGAUGAUGAGAUUUCAAUGUUGGCCCAUUCAAGCACCACUCACUGUUUUUCAAGUGUAGAAAAGAGAAUCCAGAGUGAAAUGGAUUUCUUAUGCAUGUGAUUAACACCAGAAACUGUAAUUCGAAAUCCACUGCGGGUCUUCGAUAUUCAUUUAAUAAAAGAAUUGGUGCAAGUUACAAUGUUUUAAUGGUUUUGGAUUCAAGGGGGCAAGAAGGUUGUGUGGUUUCUAAGAACUAGGACUAGGAUUUCCUUGUGAAUUAUGCCACUAAAUACGCUGAUGAAGUCCCGGAGUUUUUGCAGAUUUGUGGCAGUUACAUUUGAUGGCAAAGAAGUAAGUUUUACUUCUGCAAUGCUCAUAAUAUAAUAGUUUAAUUUGAUGUAGAAUUUUUUUGUAUUUUUUUAUUUUUUUGCGUGCUCCUAAACAAUAAAUUGUAGUGAGUUCGUCUUUAUAUCCUUUCAUAGAUUUUUUCUAAAAAAAAAGUCAACUCUUGGUGGAUUUUUUUCUUCAUUGUCGUUUACUUAGAUAUUUUGUUGCCCUUUUCAUCACUCGCUACUUACUGUUUGAACUUCAUUUAUGUAGGAACUUAAUAAAGUGUAAAAUGAACUUGAUUCCAGGUUUGCAAAGCUCCGCAGGUCAGGUAUGCAAUCUUUUAGUCCAUGUAGUUAUAGUUAUGUAUCUUUCACAAGCAACCGAGUGAUAUGAACUGAAGCAAAGAAAACAAGGGGAUGAACUCCACUUGGUGUUCUUCGUAUCCAUGAAAAUAUGCUUAUAAUGAGUUGAUUGUGAACUCUAAUAUUCAGGUAUGAAACUGGAUCGAAGAAAACCAGAGGAUGUGCUUCCCCUAGUGUUCUUGAUAUCAAUGAAAACAGGCUAUUUUCAUAAGAAACUAUUGGGUUGAUUAAUCUCUCCCCAAAUCUUAUACAACUCAACAUUGAAGGAGUAAAUCCCAGCUAAUAUUUUCAUGUCUUCUCAACACAAAACUCACCAAAAAUACAUGUUCUACUGGACCACCAUUCUGACUCUGCAUUUGAUUGAAGAAAAGUUAGGAUUUUUUGUUGCUGAGUUUGAAAACGGAUGAAGGAUAUUUCUCUAAAGAUGGUGAUAGAAGAGCGAUGAAAAUGACGAGAGCAUUUCAUUAUUCAUGGCCCUGACUUUCUUCUGAAGAUGUGUCCAAAUAAGAUUUCAAGCAAAUGGCAUUUGUUCCAUGGUUGCAGCAGAGCUGUCGGUUCUUCAGCAAAAAUUGAUGGAAAUCAAAUGGUGGAUCAGUCAUCUGCACAGAACAUUGUAUUGCUCUAGCAAAGUUCAAUACUGUUCUGCAUAGGUCAAAUUAUCAAGUGCUUGCUAGUUCUUCCUAGAUUUGAAGUUAAUUAAACAAACACAUAAUGCUUAAGGUUAUUUGUAGGCAUCAUAUUUAUAAACAGUGGUUUUGAGACGGCAAAAACCUGAUUUAAAAACAGAAUUUUGUUUUAACUUCAAUUUUAUUUGAAACUAUAACGUUUUAGAUUAA